GUGCACUGUGUCCCUCGGACACAGCGGAUCACCGGUCCACAGAAAGAGCCAAAGAUGUCGGCUCGGUCAUGUGAUCUGCUGUGUCCAAUCACAGCUGUUCACAUCAGUGCCACCUGUCAGUGUCCAUCAGUGCCAGCUGUCAGUGCUCAUCAGUGCCACGUGCCAGUGCCCAUCAGUGCCACAUCAAUGCCACAUAUCAGUGCAAACCAGUGCACAUCAAUGCCACAUAUCAGUGCCCAUCUGAGCUGCCUUUCAGUGUCACCCAUCAGUGCCAGUCAGUGCAACCUAUCAAUGCCAAUCAGUGCCACCUAUCAGUGCCAGUCAGUGCCACCUAUCAGUGCCAGUCAGUGCUGCCUAUCAGUGCUGCCUAUCAGUGCCAUAUAUCAGUACCCAUCAGUGAUGCCUGUCAAUGCCCAUCAGUGCCACCUACCAGUGCCUCCUCAUCAG